AUGCAGAUGACGCGGCAAGCUUCGGCUCUAGAAACCGAUGUUAUAGAGGUCAUGAGGGUGUCCAUCUCCUCAGAGAGCGUCCUCGUCGUCCUCGAAAUCAACCUUACGCAACUCAUCAGGGCGGGCGAGUCGUACUACUUCAAGAUUGACGGACUAUUUAUACAAAGACUAAAGCAGUACCGCGAGGCGCGGGUGAUGCUCUGCUCCCCGGAAGGUGACAGUCUGCGAGAUGUUCUGCAGGAUCACAUGCCUCUAGGACCUCACGGUCCGUACA